AUGAGUUGGGCGGCUGUCACCUGUCUUAACAGUCCCUCGCCGUGUGUCAUAAACAGUACGUUAACGGCCGCGAAAACUACCGGUGCGAUGGCGAAAGACAGGGGAAGCUUCUCUAUGAGACCUCUUAUCACACCUGCCAUUGCCUAUAGAAUUGUAGACUUUUGGUUAAAUGUGACACAAAUAUUGACGAUGGUCAGUUUGUCCUUUCGCGAGCCCACAGUCCUCUCUGCGUCGAACUUCUACGAGGAAAGGGCCCAGAAUUUGACGGUCUCCUCAUCCUUACCCCAUGAGAUGAUCUCUUUCCACCGACAUAAGGCCCCAUUUCCCUUAACUUUGCUUUGGCCCCUCGACUGA